CUAGCCAAAACUCUUUCUGUAAUAUUGGAGAGCGAAGCAGAAAUAAAUCCGGCUAAGACAGGAUUUUGUGCUAACGUGAUGCGAGUGAUUGGCUUGCAAAAAUCCCUUGCAAAGGUGUGAGCGGAAGCCAGGCUGUCUCUGUGCUAAUCCCAGGGGUGGCACUUCUGAGAGGUCCCCCCAACCUCUCUUGACAAAUCCAAAUCCUUUUUUUUGCAACAAGGCGACACCUUCAUUCUCCACCGGGCUUUGCAGGGUGUUAUCAAGGAAUUAGCAUAAUUAGCUCAGAGAGACACCCCCCACCCUGCUUAACUCUCAGAUCCAGGGCUCUGUGGCCAGGAGAGGGGGCUCGUGCCUUGCGGAAGGCAAUCUCUGAGCAUCGCUUGCACAAAAUACCCCUUGACCCUGUGUGUUACUUUGAGAAAGAAUGGCCAUUCAUUUAUUUGUACAUUCACUGUGGCAAUUUCCUGCAUCACACACUCCUCUGUUGUUUAAGCAUGCCUGGAAAGGGUGGGGCUUUCAGCUUCUGUUUUUCUUUGUUAAACUCAAGCGUCUAGUCCUCAUGUUUCAUGUCAACACUUCAUCCUUUCCGUUUGGUCGCCGCUUGCCCUGCGACAUCUAUUGGCACGCUGUCUCCUUUCACGACAAUGUCAUUUAUUCGGGACAAGUCAACAAAUUUCCAGGCAUGACCGAAAUGACACGGAAGGUCAACCUGAGUCGUGCCAUGAGGACAAUGCAGGAGCUUUUCCCCGAAGAGUAUAACUUCUACCCCCGUUCUUGGAUCCUCCCGGAGGAGUUUGCCAUCUUUCUCACUGAGGUCAACCUGAUGAAGGAGAACAAUCCCAGGUGGAAACCCACCUUCAUCGUGAAGCCUGACGGGGGCUGCCAGGGGGACGGGAUCUACCUCGUGAAGGGCCCCACGGAGAUCCGGCUGAUGGGCAACCUGCAGAGCAGGCCGGCCGUGGUCCAGGAGUACAUGGCCAAGCCCUUCUUGAUCGACAAGCUGAAGUUUGACAUCCGUUUAUACGUCCUGCUCAAGUCGCUGGACCCCCUGGAGGUCUACGUGGCCAAGGACGGGCUCUGCCGCUUCUGCACGGAGCCCUACCAGGAGCCGUCGCUGAAGAAUCUCCACCAGGUCUACAUGCACUUGACCAACUAUGCCCUCAACAUCCACAGCGGGAAUUUUGUCCACUCGGACAGCGGCAACACCGGCAGCAAACGGACGUUUUCCAGCAUCCUGGGGAAGCUGGCUUGCAGCGGCGUCAACAUCCGGAAACUUUGGUCCGAUAUCAUUUCGUUGGUCAUCAAGACCGUGAUCGCCAUCGUGCCCGAGCUGAAGGUCUUUUACCAGUCUGAUAUCCCCACGGGCAAACCGGGGCCUUCCUGCUUCCAAAUUUUAGGAUUUGACAUCCUGCUGAUGAAGAACCUGAAGCCCAUUUUGCUGGAAGUCAACGCCAACCCAAGCAUGAAGAUCGAACACGAACAAGAGGUUUCUCCGGGAGUUACGCAAUACAUCCCCAGUCCGGUCGAUGAAGAAGUCAAGGUGGCCGUUAUCCGGGACACUCUCCGAUUGGUGGACCCCCACAAGAAGAAGAAGAAGCAACAGCAGCAGCAGGAGGAGGAGGAGGAGGAGGAGCCGGCAGAGCAGCCUUCAGCUGAACUGGUGGAACUGGCAGCCCAGGACGAGGAGAGCUUCUUCCAGGAGGAGCUGGAGAACAAGCCCGAGCUGGGGGAGAGCCCCCCGCCAGAAGCCAAGCCCCCCGCCGUCUGCCUGAAAGAGGUCUUCCCCAAGUACGCCAAGCAGUUCAGCUACCUGCGGCUGGUGGAAAGGAUUGCUGCCCUCUUCAUCCGCUUCCUGGGGGUGAAGGGGACCACCAAGCUGGGGCCCACCGGCUUCCGGAUGUUUAUCAGGAACAGCAAGAUCAGCAACAGUGGCUUCAGCAUGGCCGCGGGAGACAUUCUGUACAUCGACAUCACCCGCCGGGGGAUCGGGCCCAGCAUGGACCAGCGGGAGGCUGGGAUGAGCCUCCAAGCCUUUGUGGAGGCCAUCUGCCUCCUAGCCCAGAGGAGGUACAAGUCCCUCUCGCUUCACGAGCAGGUGGAGCUUCUCCUGGACUUCUGCGAGUACAACUUGGCCGUCCUGGAUGAGAAGCGCCUGGCCUGCAGCCGAAGCCUCUCCACCACACAGGCCACCCUGGUCACCUGCCCGCAAGAUGGGCUGCAGCUCAGUCCCGCCACGCCCGGCUCGGCUGCCUUCCAGAGAACCCAGAAGUUUGUCGACUGCAGGAGCUCCCAGCCCUGAAGAGGCCAUGAAGGUCUCACCGGCCUGAUGCCCAGCCUGUGCCGCAGGAGGAGGAGCUGUGCCCAGCCCUCCCUUCAGAGACAUUUUUUUGGGGGGUGGCUGUGGGGCUUGAUCGAUGCUCCUCACCCAAACUCCUCCUUGGCAUGGCCUGUUGGCGCAUCGUCAGAAUGGAGGGGCGAGGAGGGAUCCUGGAUCGUCUUCUCCAGCCACACAGAGCCAUCUCCAGUGAGGAGCCCCCUUGCCCGAGGGAGCCCAGUCUCCAGGGGCUGGUGGGGGGGGGAAGUUUGGCAGGAAGGGGAGAAGUCACGAGAUUGGUGGUGGUGCACAAAGUGGUAGAAAGGAUGAAGAGCAAAACUUAUGGUGAACUAAAAUCCUAUUUAUGUA